GCAUUUUCUGCCAGCCUCUUUCCUCCCUCAACAGUGCUAUGAUUUCUGGGAAUUUUUUCUUUCUGUCACCCAGGAAAUUUUGCUUCUGAAUGUUUAUCACUUUAUCUUGCUAUAUGUUAGAUGCAUAUAUUGGAUCAUGCAAUUUGAAAAUCCACAUAAUAAUCUCUCACUCAUUAUCCUGUCUUGUUUGAAUUCAAAUGUUAGUUUUCACACCUUCAUAUGCCUUUGUUCAAUCUGCAAAUUUUCUCUUUGUUUGCUUAGAUCUUCCUCUUCUUCCUAUAAUCAGUUCUCAUUACUUUCUAACGUGUUCUAAUUAAAUAGGUUUUUCUCCACUCAAGUUGCUGGAAUAGAAGAUUAGAUAAAGAGAGGAAAUUAAAGUGAGUGCCUAGUUUGUUUGUACCCCAAAAAGAAAAAAGAUUGCCCUGUGAACUGAAGGUGAUUUCCAACCCUUUAGCCCCUUGACUUGGACAAUUACAAAGUGACAAGUGAUACUUUGGACAGGAUGAGAAAUUCAAAAAUAUGCAGCACAAAACAAACACAUUUAUUCUGUUGUGAAGAUCAUAAGAAAAUUGUCCGGGAUGAACUUGAGGGUAGUAAUUUUGGGAUAAGAGAGUUUCCAAUGCAGAGGUUAUUCAAUGAAGGGUGCCGUAAUACCAAUGCUUCCGGUGGGUCGUCCGAUUUUAGCAAAGGAAAGAAUUGUGCGCCCGGAAUGAAUGUCAUGGACCAUGAUAUGCCUGAGCUGGUUGUUUUUAUCCAAGAGGAUCACCAGCAAUUUGUGAAGGACAUUUGCAUUGAUAAGGUAGUAUCACCAGAAGGCAAGUGUCAGUCAGAAGAAUAUGAAUUAGAUCAUGAAAUAGUAACAUGUGAAGGAGAAGAAGCGGAGGAGCUUGAUUCAACAAACAAUCACAAGAUUUCAAUUGAUCACCCCAUAAAAAAGACAGCAUCAGAGACACUUAGAGAGGCUUUCAGAAAGGAAACAGACUUUUCUAGAUCUUUCAAGAACUGGCAGAUAAAUUCAUUUUUAGCAGCAAUUGGCAGCAAAGUGGAGUUUCCACAUUGUGCAGAAUGUCCACAAGUUACUCAGGAAAGCAUGUCCAGAACCGAGACGAGUAACGCACAUAGCAUAACAGGUUCAGGCAAAAGACAAGUUGAUUAUCCUCAUGAGACAUCUUCCAUUGCCUUAGCCUCUCAAUCUGGUCCAACACCACAUACUACUCCUGCAACAACCUCUCACAAUGCCUCUCACAAAUCUAAUGAUAGCAUGAGCAGCACACAUUCAUUUGCUUUUCCCAUAUUACCUGUAGAAUGGAAUGGAAGCCCAGUGAGAAUGUUGGAAGCUGAUAAAAUUCAAUCAAGGAAGCACUGGUGGGAGAAGAUAUUGUUUCCCUGUUGCAAAUGAUGAUAGCUGAAAUUUGCAGUUUAGCAGACACUGGGAGUAAAGAGUUUUAUCAAAUCCUUUUUGGCCUGGAGAUUUCUUUUUGUGCAGCGUGUGACAUGCAGAAACUUUACUAUGCCAUGUUUACUUUCAUAGUGUUAUAGGAUACAUAUGGCCUCAUACCAAUUCUUUUGGGAUUUACAUGCAUAUUAAAUAUUCAUUAGUUAAGGAUUCUAUAUGUAAUUGUUCAUACUUGUCAGUCUAUUCUGUCCUCUCUUUUUUUAUUGCAAUAUAAACAAUUGAGAAGAUAACUUCUCUCCAAGAUGUGAUUAUAGUUAGGAACAUAAUUUGUAGUUUGAAUUAAACAGGGAAACCAUAUCU